CGAGACUACCGCACAGCCAGCUUCGUGCACUCUUCCCGCAACGUUCAGUGUCAAUUUCGAGUCUAAACCUGGGUACAAGAGUGACCCAUCAUGAAGCGAAAAUUGGAUCAAGACAAUAUCCCAGCGGAAGUUCCGGCGGCUAAAACGACUGCUGAUUCAGGCAAUCCUGCCGCAGAGGAGGCUACUUUCGACCGUCUAGGGCUUGAUUCAAGAAUUCUGCAGGCUUUAGUGAAAGAGAAGUUUCCUAAGCCUACCUUGGUUCAGGCAAAGGCCAUUCCGUUGGCACUUGAAGGCAAAGAUAUUUUGGCUCGGGCCAAGACUGGCUCUGGUAAAACCGCUGCAUACCUGCUCCCAAUUCUGCAGUCCAUUUUGAAGAAAAAAUCUACGGUCUCUUCUGUCAAAGGCACAUCUGCGCUCAUUCUGGUACCGACUAGAGAACUCGCAGACCAAGUCUCAAAAGCUGUGACGGCGUUUUCUGCCUACUGUGCAAAGGAUGUCCGGAGCGUCAACUUGACACAAAAAGUAUCGGAUGCAGUCCAGCAGUCUUUGCUUGCUGACUCUCCUGACAUUGUUAUUGCAACUCCGGCGCGGGCUUCCUUGAAUCUCAACAACUCCGCGCUCUCCCUGGAACAACUGGCGCACCUUGUCAUUGACGAGGCGGAUCUCGUUCUGUCAUACGGCUAUGAUGCAGAUCUCAAGAACAUUAGCAAAUCGAUACCGAAGGGUGUUCAGACAUUCUUGAUGAGCGCAACCUUGACCACCGAGGUAGACGAUCUCAAGGGCUUAUUCUGCCGAAGCCCUGUAACAUUAAAGCUUGAGGAAGGCGAAUCUGAAGGCGAUGGUGUAAGCCAAUAUGUGGUAAAAUGCGGCGAAGACGAGAAAUUCUUGCUGGCGUAUGUUAUUUUCAAACUCAAGCUUAUCAAGGGCAAAUGCAUUAUUUUCGUCGGCGACGUGGACCGCUGCUACCGGCUAAAACUGUACCUCGAGCAAUUUGGCAUGAAGAGCUGCAUCCUGAACUCCGAGCUGCCUGUCAAUUCCCGGAUACAUGUCGUUGAGGAGUUUAAUAAGAAUGUCUACGACGUCAUCAUUGCCAGCGACGAGCAUGAAGUUGUUGGAGAGGAAGACGACGAAGAGUCGACUUCUAAAAAGAUCGGCAGUGAUGAGCAAGGCAAUGCCGCCGAGGGCGAAGGGCACGACAAUGAGACGCAACCGGCAAAGAAGAAGCGCAAGGCCCCCAAACGAGACAAGGAAUACGGUGUGUCUCGAGGAAUUGAUUUCAAAAACGUUGCGUGUGUCCUCAACUUCGACCUCCCCACCAGCUCCAAAUCAUAUACCCACCGCAUCGGGCGCACUGCACGCGCGGGCCAGACCGGCAUGGCCCUAUCCUUUGUCGUUCCUAAGGAGCUCUAUCGCAAGCACAAGCCUACCAGCAUUCCCAGCACCGAACACGAUGAGACCGUCCUCGCGAAAAUCAUCAAGCACCAAGCCAAGCGAGGCAAAGAAGUCAAGCCUUACCACUUUGACAUGAAACAAGUCGAUGCUUUCCGGUACCGUAUGAAUGACGCCCUUCGCGCUGUGACUGGUCUCGCCAUUCGCGAAGCCCGCACUCGCGAGCUCCGACAAGAACUUCUCAAAAGCGAGAAGCUUAGACGGCAUUUCGAGGAGAACCCUGGCGACCUUUACCACCUGCGUCAUGAUCACGAAUUGAGAUCCGCCCGGAUCCAGCCUCACCUUCGACAUGUUCCCGAGUAUCUGAUCCCCAAGGAAGGCCGGAAAGCCCUUGCCGGCAGCGAUGGCGACCAUCUUGGAUUCGUGAGCAUGAGAAAAGAGACGGACAAUCGGAUCCGCAAGGCAAGGAUGCAGAACAAGUACAGGAAUAAAGGCAAGAGGGGUUCUGGCGGAGGAAGAAAGUCGGAUCCCUUGAAGAGCUUCAAUGCCAAGGGAAAGAAAUAAGGGGGCAAACCCCACUGAGGCUUAAGACUUUGGCGGAUUGUCCUAUGUUCUGCACAUUAUACCUCCUUUUUUUUCCCUUUCUUUUUCUAGCAUAGUUCUUACAAAAAAAGUUAAUCGAUUUUAUUUCAUGAGCACCACUGAAUGUCCCAUCUAGAACAAUCUCGCGACGGAUAACCAAAGACAAGGAAGGAAUUUAAUUGCUAUCCCAUUCAAUGACCAAUAACCUCCUUGUCAAUCCACCAGCCUCUCCAUCCACAAUCAACUGUAAUGGGAACUUUACCACUU